AUGUCAAAACGCACUCAACCCAGUUGGGAACCACUUCGAGAAUCAGAAAAAGGAGUUUUAAAACUAUAUAACAGCUUUACAAGACAGAAGGAAAUUUUUAUUCCUAAUGUUGGAAAUCGAGUUUUAUGGUACAGUUGCGGUCCUACAGUGUAUGAUGCAUCCCAUAUGGGCCAUGCCAGGACAUAUAUAUCGUUUGAUAUUUUGCGCAGAGUGUUAACUGAGUAUUUUGGGUAUGAUGUUCAGUAUGUUAUGAAUAUAACAGACAUAGAUGAUAAAAUCAUAAGAAAAGCUAGACAAGAAUACCUGUUUACUGAAUAUACUACUUCUUCUUCAAAAUCAGUAGAAGAAAUUUUAACAGAUGCAAAAUCAGUUUUAAAGUGGGCGGUUGAUCAAGAAAAAAAUAUUAAUGAUCCGGAUAAAAAAACUAUGUUUGCAAAGAUGGUUCAAAAGUUAGAGGCAGCCAUCAAAGUUCUAGAAAAUUCAACUAAUGCAAAAGAAGGAAUAAAUGUCAAAGAUAAACUUAAAGUUUUCUUUCUGGAUGGCAAAGAUCUUAUUUCAAAUUGGCUAGAUCAAAUUAAAGGACAUGAUGUGUCGGAUCAUUCAAUAUUUUCAUCAUUAUCAAAAUUUUGGGAAUCUGCGUUUCAUAAAGAUAUGAGUGAUUUAAAUGUUCUCCCGCCAGAUGUUUUGACUCGAGUUAGUGAAUACAUACCUGAAGUUAUUGAAUAUAUAAAAAAAAUUAUCGAUAACGGAUUUGCUUACCAUUCAAAUGGUUCUGUGUAUUUUGAUGUCGCUAAUUUUGAUACAAACAAAAAACAUUUUUAUGCAAAAUUAGUGCCAGAAGCAUAUGGGGAUUCUAAAUCCCUUCAAGAAGGAGAAGGAGAUUUAAGUUCCACCGAUGAAAGAACCAGUGAAAAAAAAUCAAUUAAUGAUUUUGCCUUAUGGAAAAAUUCAAAAUCUGGAGAACCAUGGUGGGAAUCUCCAUGGGGACGUGGAAGGCCAGGUUGGCAUAUUGAAUGCUCGGUUAUGGCAUCAGCGAUAUGUGGUUCUAACAUAGAUAUUCACACUGGUGGGGUUGAUUUAAAAUUUCCACAUCACGAUAAUGAAAUCGCUCAGGCUGAGGCUUAUUUCGGUAGUAAUAAUUGGAUCAAUUAUUUCCUUCACUCAGGCCAUUUGACCAUUUCAGGUUGUAAAAUAUGCAUAAAGAAAAAUUCUGCUAGGCAAUUGAGGAUUGCAUUUCUUUUGCAUUCGUGGAAAGACACAUUAGAUUAUAGUCCUAAAACGAUGGAAAUGUCUGUGCAAUAUGAAAAAUUAUUAAAUGAAUUUUUUUUGAAUGUGAAAGACUUAUUGAGGCAUUUUUCAAAAGAAAACGAAUGCGAUUUUUUUGUCAAAUGGUCUGAUUCAGAGCUAGAAUUAAAUAGUAAAUUUGAAAAUUCAAAAUGUCGAAUUCAUUCGGCCUUGUGCGAUAACAUAGAUACAAAAACAGUUUUAGAUAUUGUCAGGGAUACUAUAGGAUAUACGAACGUGUAUUUAAGAGAUGUCAAAUCUCCUAAUAUGGUUUUAAUACAAAAUAUUGCCCAGUACCUUACAAAAAUUUUCUCUAUAUUCGGAGUUAUAGAUUUUAAAAAUUCAAUUGGUUUCAGUAGUAGUAAAGGAGAAAAUGUCUCGGCUAGUAACGAUGAGGUUAUAAUGCCUUAUUUAAAUAUUUUAUCGGAGUUCAGAGACUGCGUUAGAAAAGAAGCAAAAAUUUUAAAAUCGACAACCAUUCUUCAGGAGUGUGAUAAAUUAAGGGAUGAUAUUUUACCCAAUGUCGGAGUACGUUUAGAAGAUAUAGAAGGUCGAUCAUCUGCCGUGAAAUUAGUUGAUAAGGAAAUUUUAUUGAAAGAAAAAGAAGCGAAGGAAAAAUUAGAAGCAGCGAAAAAACUCGAAAAGGAAAAAAGAAAAGCCGAACAAUCUGCUGCGCAAGCUCAAAAGGAGUCACAGCGAAAAAUACCACCCAACGAAAUGUUUAAAUUGGAAACGGAUAAAUAUUCUAAAUUUGACGAAAACGGUUUACCGACUCAUGACGUAAACGGAGUCGAAUUGAGCAAAGGAGCAAUUAAAAAACUUGCAAAAUUGCAAAGUUUACAAAAAAAGAAAUACGAAGAAUAUUUAGCAUCUAUUGGAAAUUCUACUCAAAAUACUUCGUGA